ACAUAUUUAAUCCUCAUAUUUGAUUCGUAUGAUUCUAUUUAUGUAUCCAGGGAUUACAUUCACAAGAUAAUUUAUCAUUAAAUAAGUAUGUGCUGCCAACAUAUAGACAAGAGAAUUCAUUUGUAAAAUAUAACACUUUGGAAAAUUAUAAUAAUAGUAAUAAUCAUAGUAAUAGUAGUCUUCAUCAAAAACAUCGUCAUCAAACGUAUCAACGAAAUCAAAGACAAUCAUUGUUAAUACAAAAUUCCGAUUUGAAUACAUCAAAAUCACAAGUAUUACAUACUACUAUUAGUACUAGUACUACUACUACUACUAUCACUACUACUACUAAUAAUAAUAAUAAUAAUCAUAAUCGAUUAUUAACUCGAUCUAUUAAUGAUGAAAUUGAUCGAAAUGACAAGUUAAAAGCGACGACGACGACUACUACUACUAGUACUAGUACGACUAUAACUUCUUCGAUUACUACAACGAAUAGUUCACUUGACAAUCUAUCAGAUUAUUUAAUAUCAUCAACUAAACAACCAACUAAUCAUAUUACAACAAAACAUAUAUCCAAAUUAGUUCCACCUUUAAUAGGACUUAAUGAAAUCAAUGUAAAUGAUUCACAUACUAUACAACAUGAUAUAUGUAUAAGUAGUAGUAAUAAUGAUGAUGAUAACGAUGAUGAUGGUGAUGAUGAUGAUGAUCUAAGUAAUCCAUGUCAUAGUCAACGUGAUCAAUGUAUAAAUAAUAAUGAUCUAUUAAUUAAUAAUAAUCAUAAUGGUUGUCAAGAUUCUAUUCAAUCAACGUGUUGGUUACCAAAAGUUGCUAUGAAUUCAAAUCGUACUAAAUAUGAUGAAGUAUUAUCAACUAGUUGGAAUUUAUUAACAAUGAAAAAUUGGAAAUCUGAUCAAGAAUUAAAACGUAAAAUGGGUUUAAUGAAUUCUAAUCAUAAUAAAAUUGGAGGGGGGUUUUGGUUUCGUGAAAAAGCAUUCAAUCAUCAUACAAAAUCAUUUAUUACUGGGAGACGAAGAAUAGAACAACAACAACAACAACAACAAUCAAAAGGGAUGUCAUUUAGUUCUAUAGUUAAUCAUUGUCCAUUGAUUAAUCAAUACUUAUCAUCAAAUAAAACGGUAAGUUUAUUAGGGACUGAAUUAGUUGUUGUUUUUUUAAUGUUUGUAUAUAUGUAUAUGUGUCCUACUGUAUGGAGUGAGGACAUUGAGAACUAUGAAUACUAUCAUUUACAAGAUGUAAGUGUUUAUUAACAGUUGUCUGCACUUAAAAUACUUCGGAUUCGUUGGCCAGACAUGAUCAGGAACAACCUAAUAUUGAAGAGAACAAACCAGAUCCCAGCGGACAAAGAAAUCAGGAAGAACAACUGGAAGUGGAUAUGAUAUACAUUGAGGAAAACAUCUAACUGUGUCGCAACACAAACCCCCAUCACUUGGAAUCCUGAAGGUCAAAUGAGGAGAAGAGGAAGACUAAAGAACACAUCACGUCAAGAAAUGGAGAUAGACAUGAGAAAAAUGAACAACAAUUGGAUGAAACUAGAAGGGAAUGCUCAGGACAGAUUGUGCUGCAGAAUACUGGUCGGUGGCCUAUGCUGCAUUGGAAGCAACAGGGUUACACUGUCAAUUCGAAACGGUACCAAUGGAACAAACUGAAAUUUUUAGUUUACCUGAAGCCAAAUCUAAAUUUUCCAUUGAUAAUUCACUACUAAGCUCAAAUCGAAUUUCUUCAACACACAAUACUACUACUACUAAUACUACUACUACUAAUACUAAUAAUAAUAAUAAUAAUAAUAAGGUUAAAACUACCAAAUCUCUAAUACAAUCUAAUAAUGAUUCAAUGGAUAAUUUCAAUAAAACAAUCAAAUCUAAAUUUAAUCAAUUAUCCGAUACAAAUGAUACAUCAUUAUCAUCAUUAUUAUCUAUUCAAAAUACACAAAAUUUUAUAAAAAAAUACCCAGAUACUAAAUUACAUUUCAAUGAAAAAGCCCCAGCAACAACAUCAACAACAACCACAACCGUAACAACAACAUCAACAACAAUCAAUGGAUCUAAUUUGAUACAACAAUCAAAGGAUAAUCUCUCUUUAAAAAUCAAUCAUCAUAAUCAUAAUGAAUAUACACCCUCAUCAUUAUCAUCAUCAAGACGACGUCAACAUAGUCAACAAUUAACACAUCAUGGUGAUUAUGAUAAUGGUAUACAAUUUAAAGAUAUUACAAAUCGUGAAUUAAUUGUACAUUUAAAUACUACUAAUCAUACUACUAUUAAUAAUACUACUAAUAAUAGUAAUAAUGAAUUAUGUACAGAUAAUGUAAUAAAGAAUAAAUUCAAAGAAAAAUCAAUAUUAAUUGAAUCACAAAAAUUAAAUAAUCAACAACAAAAUGAAAUAAAACAACAAGAUGAUAAUGGAAAAAUUAAUAUACCAAUGACACCACAUACUGCAUUAAAUAUAUAUGGCAAGAAAUUAACAUCAUUUGAAAAGGAGGAAAUAUUAAAUUAUAACAAAAUUUGGUAUCUUGGUUUAUCUGCACAAAAAAUCGAUGCAAUUCAAGGAUCUCCAAGUAAUCAUGGUUAUGAUGAUGAAACUGGUGGUUAUUUAAAAAUAACCCAUGAUCAUAUCGCUUAUAGAUUUCAAACAUUGGAAACUUUAGGUAAAGGUUCAUUUGGUCGAGUGAUACGAGCUAUUGAUCAUAAAUCAGGAUUUCCAGUUGCAAUAAAAAUUAUUAGAAAUAAAAAACGAUUUCAUCAGCAAGCUCAAGUGGAAGUAGCCAUUUUAGAGAAUUUAAAAAAAGCUGAUCAUAAAAACAUUCAUAAUAUUAUACAUAUUAGAGAUCAUUUUACAUUUCGAAAUCAUUUGUGCAUUGUUUUUGACUUAUUAGGUUCAAAUUUAUAUGAUCUUUUAAGAAAAAACGAUUUUCGUGGUUUUACAAUACAUUCAUUGAAGAAAAUAACAAUUAAAUUACUCAAUUGUUUGUGUUUAUUAAGAAAACAAGGUAUUAUACAUUGUGAUUUGAAACCAGAAAAUAUUCUUAUUGGUUUAAAUAAUCCAUCAGAAUUAAAAGUUAUUGAUUUUGGUUCAAGUUGUUUUGUUCAUCAAAAAACCUAUACGUAUAUUCAAUCACGUUUUUAUAGAGCACCAGAAAUUAUAUUAGGUAUAUCUUAUGGUCCACCAAUUGAUAUGUGGAGUUUAGGUUGUAUUCUACCUGAAUUAUAUACAGGUCGUCCAUUAUUUCCUGGAGAAAAUGAAAAUGAACAAUUAGCUUGUAUUAUGGAAGUGCUUGGUUUACCAUCUGAAUUACAACUUGAAAAAGCUAGUAGACGUAGAGUAUUUUUCGAUUCAAAACGUACACCAAGAUAUUUAACUAAUAGUCGUGGACGUAAACGUAUACCCGGCACAGAAACAAUAGAAAAUCUAGUCAAAACUGUUGAUAUCAAAUUUAUUAAUUUAUUAAAUCAAUGUUUAACAUGGGAUCCAGAUGAAAGAAUUACACCAAAUGAAGCAUUAAAUCAUGAAUGGAUUAUACGUGAAACUGAACAAUCUAAACAAAAUGUUACAUUUCAAACAAUGGAACAAACAAAUUCAGAAAAUAAACAAAAAGAUACAAUUGCUUAAAUCUCUAUAUCUAUCUCUAUAUAGAUAUUUAUAUAAAAAUAUUACAAAUAUAAGUUUAUCUUGACAACAAAUAACCAGUCAAUCAAUCAAUCGAUCAAUCAAUCAAUCAGUCAAUCAUUAAGAAGAGAUUCAAUCUGUGAAUAACACACUUUAUACAUAAAUUUUUCAAUCAUAUUUUAUAUUGGUACCAUUUUAAGAAGGUGUAUUUUAUUUUAGGUACUUUUCAACUAUUUUGUUCAAUCAAUUACUCUUUCUAAUUAAUACAAGCAAUAUGUAAUCAAUCAACAGAACUGUUAAUAUGGCUACAUGAUGAAGGGUGAUGCUAUGAAUGUCAAGAAAAUUCUGAUUGUAAUUCAACUAUGUAUUAUUUGAUAUUAUAAUGUAUGUUAUUUGACUUAUUGUUUUUCUGGUUAGCGCUUUUGUUUUCAGCGGGUUAGUUUUCUAUGGGAUGAGGUCUCUAACCCCAUGCUCAACUGUCCUCGUUUAUCCAGGCUUGGGACCAACAGGAGCUCCAAAGGGAUUGCAGGGAGGGAGUUAUAAAUUAUGUUUCAUAAAUGUAAUCUUGUAUUACUGAAUAUAUUUUAUUUGGGAAAAAAGUGAAAUACUGAUGAUGCUAAUCAUCGUAUCUGCUAUAUACAAUUAGUUGAAGAGUUUAGGAUUCGAAUCGUUGAGCACUAGGGUUCGAACUUCCUUCUAUUCGAUUUUGAUUAGCUG